AUGGCACCUGCAGGAGACAGUCUCGCCGAGCCCAUUACGGUGGCCGGUCUCCGAGCUGAAGUCCUUGACGAGAAACGAGCUUCUAUCUCUGCUGAGAAGAGGGCCUCUAUCGCCACCGACCCUCGUCCAGCCACUGCAGAUGCGGGAGCUGUUGUCCCCGCUAGUGGUGUCACGCCAGAUGGUCAGUUCCCGACUGCUGAGGAACUAGACACUUUGCGUCGAGUCCCGAACAAGAUCCCCCUAAAGUUGUUCAGUAUCGCCUUUAUCGAGUUAUGUGAGCGCUUCUCAUAUUACGGCUCCACGGUUGUUUUCACCAAUUUCAUUCAGCACAAGCUCCCCGAUGGCUCUACCACUGGGGCUGACCCUGACCAGCCUGGUGCUCUCGAUAUGGGCCAGCGCGCCUCGACCGGAAUCACCACCUUCAACCAGUUCUGGCAAUACUUUAUGCCCCUCCUCGGUGCCUAUGUUGCUGACCAGUACUGGGGCCGUUAUAAAACCAUUAGCUGGGCCCUCGGAAUCGACAUUAUUGGACACAUCAUACUCAUAAUGUCCGCUAUCCCCCCUGUUAUCUCUAACCAAGGUGGCGCCCUUGGCGCCAUGAUCAUUGCUAUCAUUGUCAUUGGAUUCGGUACUGGCGGUUUCAAACCUAACGUUAAUCCUCUUAUUGUUGAGCAGCUCGGCGAGCAGUAUAUGCAUGUCAAGACUCUCAAGUCUGGCGAACGCGUUGUCGUUGACCCGGCUGUGACCAUCGAACGGGUUUACAUGUGGUUUUACUGGGCAAUCAAUGUAGGGGCUUUGGUCGGGCAAGUUACUACCUGGUUUCUGGCCCAAGAGGGUUGCUGGAGCAUCAACCCGUUUGCAACCUGGAAGAACCUUCACCGAGAUGACUUUUGGGAGAGAGUCAAGCCCUCAAAUUUUAGCCACCAGAACCGCCCUAAAUGGAUGACCUUUGACGAUGCCUGGGUCGAUGAGCUCAGCCGAGGAUUCAACGCUUGUGCUGUAUUCUGCUGGUAUCCCAUCUUCUGGCUUUGCUAUAAUCAGAUCAAUAACAACCUUAUCUCCCAGGCCGCCGUAAUGCAGCGCCACGGCGUUCCCAACGACAUUCUUUCUAACCUCAACCCCUUUGCUCUCUUGAUCUUCAUCCCCCUUAACGACUUCUUCAUCUAUCCUGCUCUCAGAAAGGCCGGUAUUCGCUUUACUCCCAUCAAGAAGAUCACAGCUGGCUUCUUCACCGGAGCUGCUGCCAUGAUCUGGGCAGCUGUUGUCCAGCACUACAUCUACCAGAAAUCCGAGUGUGACAUGUAUGCUUCAGGUGAUAUCUGGAGUGAGGCAGAAGGUGAAAUGGUCAAAUGUGCAGAAGCCCCGAUCAACGUCUGGGCUCAAACCGGUAGUUAUGUUCUCAUUGCUCUCUCUGAAGUGUUCGCUUCUAUUACUUCUCUUGAGUAUGCCUUCUCAAAGGCUCCCAAGAACAUGCGGUCUAUGGUCCAGGCCGUGGCGCUUUUCAUGACAGCUUUCUCGGCUGCCCUCGGCCAGGCUCUCGUUGGUCUUGCGGCCGACCCUCUUCUUGUUUGGAACUACGGUGUCGUCGCCAUCCUUGCCGUCAUAGCCGGUACAUGCUUCUGGCUGCAAUUCAAGGACCUCGACAUUCAUGAGGAUGAUCUCAAUGCCCUCCCUGAGGGCCAUGCUGGUGCAACUGCUGAUGAAGAGGCUCCUUUGGGGAGCAAACGAGUUGAUGAGUAA